AUGGAGGAAUCUGGAGCGUGGGUCCAGCUCUCCCAGAAACCAGCAGGUCCAAAUCUCCAGGAACGGGUGGUGACAGUGAGUGGGGAAGCUGCUCAGGUUCAGCGUGCAGUAAGAAGCAUCAUACACAAAGCAAAAGAGGACCCGCCUCAGGGCACUUCUUAUCUCAACAUCAGCUACACCAACACCCAGGGUCCUGUGGCCAACUCCAACCCUACAGGAUCCCCAUAUGCUGGAGGGACAGCUGAGGCAGCCAUUGCCCCAUUCCCAGCUACACCAGCCGCUUCAGCUGCAAUAUCUGGUGGAGAUCUUCUGGCCAUCUCAACAGCACUGAAUACUUUAGCCAGCUAUGGUUACAGCACAGGUUUAGGAUUUAAUCCAUUGGUUGGUGGUGUCCAUCCAGCAGCUGUCAGUCUUCUAGCUUCUUACACAGGUGAAGCGGGUUCCACGCUGGGCUUGGGAGGUGGAGGAAUCCUAAUGGAGAAGCUAGCUGCUGAAAGUGUUGCUGGCAAGGAGACUCUGGAGAUGGCUGUACCAGAAACCCUGGUAGGUGCAAUACUGGGGAAAGGUGGAAAGACAUUGGUUGAAUACCAAGAGCUGACUGGAGCUCGCAUACAGAUCUCCAAGAAAGGGGAAUUUGUCCCUGGAACAAGAAGCAGAAAAGUGACCAUUACAGGUCCACCGGGGGCCACACAAGCAGCACAAUACUUGAUUGGGCAGAGAGUGGCCUACGAGCAAGGUGUACGGUCAAGCAACCCACAAAAGGUUGGCUAA